AUGGCGGACGUUCAGGAACGGCUCAAGAAGCUUGGUGCUUCUGCUCGCAUCGGUACUGGCAAGGGCACUCCCCGGAGAAAGGUGAAGCGCGCUCCCGCACGGUCGACCGGCGACGACAAAAAGCUGCAGCAAUCGCUCAAGAAGCUCAAUGUCCAGCCCAUCCAGGCCAUUGAGGAGGUCAACAUGUUCAAGAGCGACGGCAACGUCAUUCACUUCGCCGCCCCCAAGGUCCACGCCGCUGUGCCGGCCAACACCUUUGCCAUCUACGGCAACGGCGAGGAGAAGGAGCUGACGGAGCUCGUCCCCGGUAUCCUGAACCAGCUCGGGCCUGAUUCGCUCGCCUCUCUCCGCAAGCUGGCCGAGAGCUAUCAGAGCAUGCAGAAGGGCGAGAAGGAAGCUGAUGAUGAUGAUAUCCCGGACCUCGUUGCUGGCGAGAACUUCGAGAACAAGGUCGAGUAAGCGACCGGAUGCCGAAAAUAAAAACUCUAUCGAAAUGUGCCUUGCUUUCUUCUUUGCUCCAGGUCUGGUGGGGGCAGAACGAAAUCGAUCUCUCGCUGAAACGGUUAACGGCGUCUUGGUACCGACACUUUGCAUCAGGCCUCCGAGGGUCUUGGCCAGGGAGGAUAGGAAGAAACACGUGUGCUCCUGAGCAUCCCACUGCUUUGUUGGAGAUGUAACGUGCCCAUGCCUAAAGGAAGCAACGCGGGUCAUGAAGUUUUGUUUGUGUGAUAUAGUUGCCAGAAUGACAGGUGUCUGCAGUACCUGGAUAUAUCACAAACUGAACUCUCCAUCACCGCAGUUCCUC